UUUCAUGUCUAUAUGCUGCAAAAAAACGCUUGUUAGCCAGUGCCUUUUGUAUAUAAAAACACAAGCAAAAAAUAUGGGGAAUUGCAUAAUUCGACAAAAGAAAAUCAUGCAAACAGGUCAAGAAGUUAGUGAACAUAAAGAAUCCAUGAAAGUUCAGCGAGUGAUAGGCGGUCGGACGUAUUAUCCUGUGCCACAUCAGGAAGAUUCGACGGAUUUGAAUAAGGACCCGGAAUCAGAGGCGGAAACAGAAGACGGGAAUGGAAUUGUGAGGAUAAAGUUGGUGAUAACGAAACAAGAGUUGGAGGUGAUGUUGACAAAAGGAGGAGUGUCUGUAAGUGACUUGGUUUCGCAUAUGAAAAAAGACAGAUCGAGUGAGGCGGUUGUGGUUGAAGAUGAAGAUAAUAGAAGUUGUGGAAGAUGGAAGCCGGUUUUAGAUAGUAUACCGGAACUAAACAAAUUUUAACAACUCUUAUAGCUUUAACAUACAUAAAUAUGUAGUCGACACUCGACAAGCCUUGACAGAUAUAGUCGAACUUGAUCAGCAUAAAGUGUAUGUAAUAACAUGAAAGAUACUAAGAUGAUAUAUAUAUAUAUAUAUAUAUAUGUAUGUAUGUAUAUUUAGCUCAAGCAAAUUGUUGAAAAGAAAAUAGUUAUGGGUUGUGUUGCCAUACUACUUGUUAGUU